AUGUUGAUCUUCCCAGAAGACUCCGAUACAGCUCAUGUAACACUGACAACAUCAGAACAGACUUUUAGUGCUGCAACUGUCUGUCUCAGAUCCAUUACAGACCUCAGCCGAACCCACUCGCUAUUCUCUCUGGCCACAAGCUCUCAUAAUAAUGCCUUCCUGCUGUUCAAGACUGGUGCACGUGAUGUGAUUGUGUUCCAAGUCCAGAAAGUAAGCGUCAAAUUUGAGGAGCAGGAAUACAAACUGAACCAAUGGCAGUCCAUUUGUGCUACAUGGGACUCUGCAUCUGGUCUGGCGCAGCUGUGGCUAGAUGGAAAGCCUUCAAUUAUGAGAUACUUUGGCGGCUCACAAAUCGACAACUUUACUACUAUCCUCGGACAAGAGCAGGAUUCCGUUGGCGGGGGCUUUGAUAAGAAGCAGUCUUUUGUUGGCAUGAUGUCUGAUGUCCACAUGUGGAACUACGUCCUUUCACCCUGUGAGAUGGAGGACUACAUGAAUGAUCAAAUUUCUACUCCAGGGAACUUGAUCAACUGGAAUGGGCUGAAUUACAAUAUCGACGGAACAGUGAUGAUUGACGACAAACAAAUAUGUCGUGAUCUCAAACCAAAAGGAAGUUGGAAAUCACCUUGAUACAAAUUGGAUACGUUUUACAAAAUACUAUCCUUCUUUUGAUCACCAAUGGAAUGUGUGUUACUAACUCCGCAAAUAUGUCAUGCAAUUAGUCAU